AGUGACGAUUUUGGCGUCGCUUUCGCUGCCACAGGGAAAAAUCUGAAGCAGCUUCCCACGAUUUCUCAUCGCCACAGAACGGCAGCAGUUUCGUUGGAUUUGCAAAAGUCUGACGGUUGAGCAUGGACGAGACUGGGCAGGAGGACACGCGGCCCGAGUCGGCUGACUCAGACGACGGUUCGGAGGAGGGAGGGUUCGUGGAGGUGACCCAGGAAGACGUCCAGAUGGCCUCGCAGAGCUGGGAGCAGCAGCGAGAGGUUCCGGCGGCCGUCGAGGAGGAGCUGGACCUGUACGGAGACGGGGACGGGGCCUCCGGGGAGAGUGAAGACGAGGAGAAGCCUCUCUCCCCACCUCCCUCCCCGGUUGACGCAGCUUAUGUGGGACAACUCGUCGAUUUCGGAGGUGGCUCCACACACCCUGAGGGAGAAGAGGAGAAUUUGCUGGUUGCUGGGCCUCCUGAGCCACUGGUUGCCACGGGAGAGUACAAUUUUGACGAAAUAUUGGGUGGUUCGCAAAACGACCAAACUGCCUCUGCAUUCGAAGGGGGUAGUGCCACGACCAACGAUCUUCUUGGUGACUUUGGUAGCAGUGAAGGUGUGGGUAGUGGUCUUGGUGGCGGCGAUGGUAUUGGCAGUGGUCUCGGUGGUAGUGACAGUGGCCUCGGUGGUGGCGACCCAUUUGAUGAAGCUCCCAGUUCGUCAGCAGCUGAUCCGUUUGGCUUCAGUGAAAUUGAGGACUCCAGUGUUCCUGAGAGAGACCCCACCCCUCCUCCGGAACCUGAACCUGUUCCGGUACGUGACCCCACCCCUCCUCCGCCUCCAGAACCUGAGUCUGUUCCAGAGCGUGACCCCACCCCUCCCCCACCCCCUCCCAAAGAUCCCACUCCGCCCCCACCUCCCCCAAAGGACCCCACUCCUCCCCCACCACCUCCAAAGGAGUCUCAUGGGGUGGAGGAAGUUACCCCACCCCAACCCCCACACUCCACUGCACCACAGAAAGGUCGCAAACCAAAGCCUAGUGGCUACCUGGAGUUUCUAAAGGUGCUCCAUCCACUGGUCCUGUAUGUCAUCUACUGGAGAGAGCUGAAGCUGAGUGCGGUGGUGCUGGGUGUGUGUCUGGUGGUUCUUCUCACCCUCACCCUCAACACCGUCCUCCACACCUAUGUCCUCCUCCUCCUCUCCUUCAUGGUCGUCUCCCUCACCUACAUCGUCUCCAAGGUCGUCAUCGACUCUUUCUACAACAAGAAAGUGAAGAACCCCUUCCAUACGUAUCUGGAGAAUGAUAUCACGCUACCAGAGGACGUGCUGAUGGAAUGGGCGGCUUACGUUAUCAGGAAAGCAGAGGUUGAGAUCAAUUGCCUGGUCAGACUACUCCUGUUUGCCAACAUCAAACACUCCCUGGCCUUUGGAGUGUGUUUGUGGAUGGCUUCCUUCGUCACUAACUACUUGACCCUCCUCUCCACCAUGUUUCUCCUGGUGGGUGUGGCCUUCACUGUCCCGCGAGUGUACUAUCAGUUCCAGUCUCAGAUAGACACCCACCUUGGCUCCGCCCUCUCCAAGCUAGGAGCUGUCACCAAGAGGUAGAGUGUCAGGACCAAAUUUAGAAAAUACUCCUAAAAAUAGAACAUUCUUACAUAAUUAUGCUGGUCCUAUAGUUUAAUUUAAUUACAGCUACAUUUCCUCUAACAGCUCAUUUUACUCCAUUCCCUCCCUUCAUCCCUCCCUCUCCAGAGUGUUAUCGUAUGUGCCACUAGGAGGAGGGAAGAAGAAGAGUGAAUAGCAGUCGAGCCAGCUAAUGUAUGUAUGUAUAUGUAAUCUCUGACUCUGCAGCAGUCAUACAGUUUUAAGACAUUGUAAUAAUAGAGUGUGUGUUUCUGUAGUCACUGCAGUUGUAAAAAAUGGCACAAUCAUUAUCAGCAAAGCUUCGCCAUUUUGUAGUGACAUAAGCACAUGGCAACUUUUACAGUUCCGCCUCACAUCAUUUUAGAGGUUAGUAUGAUUUCUAAUGAUAGUCAGUUGCACCAUCUUGCAUUGUCCUUGCAUUUGCCGGCAAACCAUGCAUGCAUGAGGCGAUCAGUGGGUGUGGCAGUGGGCGGGGUCUGGAGGGAGAGGGCUGGGAUCAGUCGGUGGAAGUUCCUGCUCUCGACGUGUUCCAGGAACGCCUCCUUCAGCACCAGAGACAGCUCUGGAGUCUGACAUGAUGGGCACAACUGACAGAACUGGAGGAGAGAGGGGUCGGGCAAGGCAGAGGCAAAGCAUGCGAGUGAAAUAAGGAAGCCGUCUUGGUAUAUGUGGCAGCUGAGAUUGUGAUGUAGUGGACUGACCGUUGCUGGAGGUGCAGCAGAACACGAGGAACACGAGCCAUUCCAACACUGAGGCAGAGGUAGCUGGGUGUCCCUGUCGCUGACCAACACCACACU